AUGUUUACAGGAAAAUUCACCAAGAAAUGCAAGAAUUCAUCAGAAAACACAGAAGUUCACAAAAGAAUUCACCAAAAAUGCCAAAAAUCCAAAGUGAAUUCACAAGAAACACCAAAAAGUCCACAAGAUAAUUAUCAAGAAACGCCGAAAAUCCACAAGAGAGUUCGCCAGAAAAUGCAGAAAGUUCACAAAAGAAUUCAUCAAAAAACAUCAGAAAGUUCACAUGAGAAUUCACCAAGAAACACCAAAAAUCCACAUGAGAAUUUACCAGGAAAUGCUGAAAUUCCACAAGACAAUUCACCAAGGAAGAAACACCAAAAAUCCACAAGAGAAUUUACCAAAGAAAUAGAGAAUUCAUCAAGAAAUGCUGAAAAUCCACAAGAAAAUUAUCAAGAAAUUCCAAAGAUCCACAAGAAAUUUACUCCAAGAAAUGCUGAAAGUUCACAAGAAAAAUACCAAAAGUUUACAAAAAAGUUCCAUCAGAAAAUGUCGAAAGUUCACAAGAGAAUUUGUCAAAAAACACCAAAGGUCCACAAAAGAAUUCAACAAGAAACACUGAAAGUUCACAAGAAAGUUCCAUCAGAAAAUGCUGAAAGUUCACAGAAAAUUCAUCAAAAAUGCUGA